AUGAAGCUGGCUUGUAAGGCAGUCAUCUUCUUUCUGUUAGUCUCUCCCAGCCUUGGGAUAGAUGAGGAAUUUGCUCAGAAUUUUAUUGCCAUCGCUGGACCUCUACCCAGUGAGUUAGUAAAUGGAUGGCAUCUGCAGAACCAAGUCCUACCCAAGGAACAUCAAGGCCCUGCUGCAGCUGAAGCCCAUGAUUACCUGUGUCAAGGUAACCUUGUGGCUUCUGAGCUUCCCAGGUACUUCUCCCACCUUCGGAAGGCAGGGGUGACACAUUACAAAGUCUUCCUGCCGUGGGCACGCAUCCUUCCUGAGGGGGAUGCCAGGAAGCCAGAUGAAGUCCAAGUGCAGUGCAACCAGGAGCUGCUCAAGACCCUGGUUGCUGCAGGCCUCAAGCCGGUGGUUGUUCUACACCACCACCACGUUCCUAGCGCCGUGGCCGCCCAGGCCAAGGGCAGGAAAGCCAAUGCUUUUGCUGACCUUUUUGGGGAAUACGCGGAGUUCAGCUUCCGUGUGUUUGGGUACCUGGUGGAUGUGUGGCUCACCUUCAGCGACCUGCCAGAGGUCCUUCAAAGCCUGCCUUACGAUGACCCCCAGUACCGAGCCCAGGCCCUCGCUGCCGCUCAUGAAAGAGCUUACACCAUCUACCAUGAGAAAUAUUCACCAGCAGAGCAUGGGAAACUGCUCCAAAUAUCUAAGGAGUCUGAGGACUUUAUAGUGGAGCAGUAUAAGCGACUACGGCAGCGCGAUGGCUCUGGAGUGACCAAGUCAUCCUGGAGGAUCACAGUGCGACAGUUGGAAAGCAUGAUCCGGCUGUCUGAAGCUAUGGCCCGUAUGCACUGCUGUGAUGAGGUUCACCCGAAACACGUGAAGGAAGCUUUCAGGCUUUUAAAUAAGUCCAUCAUUAGAGUUGAGACUCCUGACAUCAAUUUAGACCAAGAUGAUGAACAGCAAAUGGAGGAUCAAGAGGAUCAAGACGGAGUCAAUGGUGAGGCAGAAGCUCCAGCUGGAGUCAAUGGUCUUGUGAAUGGGAUCAAUGGCCAUUCUGAGGACACGAACAAGGAUGCUGCUCCCAAAGCUUCUCUUAGACUGGGCUUCUCUGAGUAUCGGCGAAUUUCUAAUCUCCUGGUGCUGCAUCUCAGGAAGGCAGAAGAAGAAGAGGACGAUUCAUCAUUAAAGAAGAGUGAACUUAUUAAUUGGUAUCUAAAGGAAAUUGAAUCUGAAAUAGAGUCUGAAGAAGAACUAAUAAAUAAAAAGAAGAUCAUAGAGAGAGUCAUUCACCGACUUACGCAUUACGACCACAUUCUGAUAGAACUGUCCCAGUCAGGACUGAGAGGAUCCAGGGAAGCGGAGACUUUUGAUGAAGAUCCAUAUCUGGUGGUCAACCCAAACUAUCUGCUGGAAGACUAAGGGAUGUGGACUGGAUUGUAGAGCUGACUCAGAAAAUGCAUUCUCUUCUGCGUUCUUGCAAUGGUUGCUCUGUAGCUGCAUCUUAAAUCCAUGUGAAUGCUUUACUGUGGAACGUGCCAAUGUGUGGUUAGUAAUAUAUGAUUGCUCAUUUACACUGAGCAUACCUGGAAAGCUUUUAAAGAAAUUACACACUUAUAUAUUAGGUUUGUUAUUAAUUUUGGGUUUCACUGCCAUCAUCCAGAUGCAGAGGAGAAACAUUCAAUAGCUCUUUGCAGCCUCAAGCUAUGGAGAUGCUUCUGUUUUAAAUGAGAGGAAUUUUGCAUUGUUCUUCUAUUGUAUUUAGUAGACUUUUUAUGCUAUAGGGUUUUACUACUUUUCUUAUUAACAUAAAUAAAAGAUCAUUAAAUGUC